CGUUGGUUUUGGCUUUGCCGCAUUAUUCAAAAUUCAUUCAACGUUUAUUUUCACCUGUGGUAAAUACUUCACUGAAUUUACCAUAUAAUUAUUACAAUUUCAACAACGUUUUCUUUAUUUUUCUAAUUCGUGAGUGCGUUAUAAAUAAACUGAAAGUAAUUGAAUUGAAUAUACAUAUUUGAUUUGCGAUUAACACAUAGAAGUUUGGAUCGGUGAAAGUACAAAUCUUGGAUCACGUUAACGCCGAUUUCUAAAACUCCUGUCCAGUCUGACAGAUUUAGUCUUGAUCUAACUGAGGAUUUGCAAGUGUUUAUUGAAGGAAAGACAAUUUCUUUUGAAGAACAAAAUCUCAAUCACUCAACAAGACUUGAAGGAACUCAAAAUACUGAAGAAAAAAUGUUCGAAAUUGAAAAUGAUGAAAAUAAGCCAAUCAAUGUAAAUGCGUCCGUACAACAUAAAACAAAGCCCAAAAAGGCUUAUUAUGAUGAGAGUAUGUUUGAAGAUAAGCAACAGGCGGUUCAAUGGCAACGCUCAUCGGAUGAUAGUUUCAUGGCUUUGGAAAAAAUGUGUGAUAAAACUGCCUCUGAUCCAAACAGUACUUUGUUCCAAUAUAUACAUAGCGAUGACAAGGAGCUAAUUGUAGAAGACGUUAAAAAGCGUAGUGGAAAUGAUUUUAAAACACCAUGUAAAAAAGAACUUCAAGAAAUCGAUGAGGAAGCAAAGUCGUUACAACGUUUACUACACGAUUUGUGUGUACAAGAGCAGAAGCAAUUAGAAAUAGACACACCGCUUAAGGGUAUUGAUGUCACGCAACUAGAAGAUAUAGAAGCGCCAUCAAAAUUGUGGGACACAACUAUAUUGGGUGAGACCACUUUGCAAACAUCACCUGUUAAAAUGGUUGGCCUCCUGCGACCCUCUACUAUAAUAGAGGAGUGUGAUGAAGAAGAUGAUUUUAAUAACGCUUCAUGUGUUGAUGAUGAUUUAUCAUCACAUGUCAGCUUUCAAAGUGCUGUAAAAGGCAGUGAGACCUCAGCCACAAGCUACUACGAUACAGCACACGAAACUACAGAUGCCAGCGCUGUUAGUAAAGAUUCCAAAACACACGAGGAAUACGUGUCGAAAGAAGUAGAGGAUUUAGAUUCAAGUCUGGAAUUAAUACAACUUGAUAAAACUUUAGCGGCACCGCAACAACAGCUAAUAAGUGUAUUGGAUAUAACUAGUGAUGAUCCCAAGAUAGUACAUAAUACAAAGAAUCAAUCGCCAAGUCCAUCUUCUGAUGAAUCUGCAGGCGUUAUUGAGUUACUAUCAGAUGAUGAAUCGGAAGAAUUGAUUACGUCACAUAACAAAGCGAAUAUUACGGUUAAAGAUGAAUUCAAGCGUGAGUGUGAUUCAGUUGUGGAAGACCACAACAAACCGGACAAAUAUUUAUAUAAAAGCUUAUACACCUCUAGUGGUUUGAAGAGUACUGAAUCCGAUGAAUUGGAAAAUUCAUUAGAAAACGACAAGGAAAAUUGCGGUGAAGUUUUCGAUGAAAGUGGUGAACAGUCAAUGCAUUUCAAUGACACCAUGGAAGAAGUAGAAUAUAUGAUGAAAAAAGGCAUGCAAUAUAUGGCUGCUACGGCUUCUCCAAAUGUUGGCUUGAAUAUACAAACACCUAUUGUAAAAAAAGUUGAAUUGGUUCCAGCAACAAUGACAGUGAAGCCAUUGAAAGAGAAGGAAAGAACAUUCACAUACUCACCAAAAAAGCAAAAUAGCAAUUAUUCGUCGCCUGCUAAGAAGGCUUUAAACGCAAAACCCACAGCAAUUGUAACAGGUACAAAAGCAAAACAACUUUUGUCUUCACCACGGCGUACACCGCAGAGCAGUGCACAAAAAAAUAAACGUUUUGAAAUGGAUUUGCGGCCAAUGCCUAAAUUUGAACUAUUUAAAAGACCCGCCUCCGCUAUACCAACCCGCCUUAAGGAACCAACUGGCAGCAAACAAUUUUCGCAUAUUGUCAGCCCGGUGGGUGCUUAUAUGAAAAAGACCGCCACCACACCAUUAAUGACAAAUCUCAAACAGCGAACGGAUCGACCGGAUGUACAUAAUGCAACUGUUUUCCGUGAACUUGAGCAAGAAACAAAAGUCCACCAACCGAAAUUUGCAUUGAAGGUGAAUACCGGCACAAAAACAUCUAGUUUGCCAAAGAAGGCAUAUAUUUCAUCAGAGUUCAAACAUAUCGUUGACGAGCGUACGCCAGUCACUAUACCGGGCGGUAAGAAGAUACAAAAAUAUCUGGAGAAUGCAAUGCUACCUACAGUGGUGCGACAUGAAGGUAAAUUGAAAAUGUCCGCUAACCAAGUAAAUCAUAAAGAAACCGCAAACAAAGCCAGUUUUGGUAACACAACGCAACGUAACAAUGGCAGCUUGGCAAAUUUAUCCUUAAUGUCCGGCGAUAUAUCGGUGUAUACAAUGAAAGAUGCAAGGAAAUUUUAGAAUGGCUAUUAGAUCAUACAUAUAUAUUCUUUUAAAUUAGCUAUGUAUGUUCGUGUAUCCGGUGUGGCUUGGUUGGAGGUUAUUUUUUUUAUUAAUAGUUGUAGUUUUACUUAAUCUGAAAUUGUU